AUGCCGCCAGACCACGUUCCUAUACAGCCUGCCUCCCGCCCACCACCACCGAAUCCCCCAACUGCAUUGGCCUCGUCCUCAUCAUCUAAAACGUCGUCCUCCCUCCCGCCCCGACGGCCUACCGUCCUAGCAGCCUGUGAGGCUUGCCGUCUCAAGAAGGUCAAGUGUGACGGCCGCCGUCCCAGAUGCGGCCGCUGCGAGCGCCUUCUGCCCAAUGGAACAUGUGAAUACCGGGCAAAUGAGGGCGAAACCCGCGCCGUCGCCCUCAAGAGGCGCGGCAAGACAGCCGAGGAGGAACUGGCCCAGAUGCAUCAGCUCUUUGAUUUCAUUCACAACAGAACAGAGGCCGACGCGUGGGAGAUAUUCAAGCGAAUAAGGCUGUCCAAGGACCCUCUCGCUGUUCUGCAGUCUGUGAGGGAUGCUGAUCUUGUCCUGCCAAACCCCUCCCUCCUUGCCGCCGCCAGUGACUUGAAUGACCCAAGGAUACGCAAGCUCGACGACAACGCCCGGGACAAGAGCCCGUUCCAUGUUCCGGCCAGGCCUUGGACGGCCGUUGCUGGUGAUGGCCUGGUCUCUGAACUUGUCUGCGGUCUCUUCGCGUGGGAUGCGUACCCUUUCCCAUUCUUCCAUCCCAACGCCUUCCUGGCCGACAUGCGGCGUAUGGAUCCUAGUACCGCCCAGUAUUGCUCUCCCUUCCUCGUCAACGCCAUUUGUGCCUUUAGAGCGUUUAUUUCCAACAAUGCCCGCUCCAUUGGUACUAUUCUACGUUGUAACAUGUCACAACGCUUCAUGGACGAGGCAAAGAAGUUGUUCGAGCUCGAGUGCGGCCGUGCGAGCCUAAACACUGUCUUUGGCCUCUAUAUGCUCUUUUUUGUGUCAGCCAUGAUGGGAAAAGACCGGGCCGGCUUGAUGUAUCGCUACAUGGCACAGCACAUGCUCAAGCAGUUGCGUCUGGAUAGACGAUUCGAUAAGCUAGACGAGGGAAGACCAGAUCACGCUUUGGAGAGGGAUGUGAUUUCGAGAUCACUGUGGGGUGUCUGCAUAACCGAGAGCAUAAUCAGCUUUGUCUACCUGCAGCCGUCUUUGCUGCCCCCUCCCACCGUGCCGCGACCUUUCCCAGGAAUCACCGAAAUGCACAGCCAAGGUUAUAAUUUCAACAACAUCGACGUCCUAGGCAGGGCCUUUGACACACUGGUCUCACACCCACCGCCGCUGGUACCCGCUUCUUUCGACGUACAGUGCCAUCUUGCGGAGAUGCUCUACGAUAUCAUGGAAUACAACCAACAGGUUCUGGCCCGGGACGAAAUCGGAAGUCCGGACGACGUGCGCCAACGAAGGGCUGGAUAUGUGAGACUCAUGACUUGGAGCGAGUCUUUGCCUCCGGCUCUUCGAGUUGAAAAUCUGUCGCCGCAGACUUCCUACGUCAGACUCUUCAUCAACGAGGUAGCCUACGGAAUAGUACGUCCGCUUCCCCACGAUGCCCGCUUUGGCGACCGAGGCACCGUCACAGACGUGCUUCUCAAGCACUGCAAGGACGAUCUCGAAGUAUCGGAAACGUACACCAGGUUUUGGGAUCCCGAACUCUCGGGCUACUUUUCAAACGGGCUUUACAACACCAUCAUGACUCUCGCGUCGCUGCUCCACGAGCCGCGGUCACACGACCUCUUCGCACGCGCCUGUGGCCUAGAAAGAAGGGUUGCGCGUCAUUUCCCACUUGUUCGAUUCAUUUUAAAGGGCAUCCACGCACUUGUGCUAAGCCUAGGACAGGAGAUACCACCUGCUGCCAAGUGGUGCUUCGAGAACCUGGAGUUCAAUGUGGACGAUUUGAAGGACGUCCCAGUGUCGUAUGCCUUACCGCUUCACGAGCACAUGCGCAAAUCCCUCUUGACGAACGGCGAAGAUAGUGAUGGAGUUGAAGACAGGGAGAUGAGUGUCCAGAUGGGAGCACUGAUUUCGAGGUGGAACGGCAUGUCGAUGUGA